CGUCGUUCUUUCGUCUCUCUGCUCUGCCCCUUUAAUUCACGUUUGGAAGAGAGAGAGAGAGAGAGAGGAAGAGAGCGAGAGGGGGGGCGAAUUUAGUUGUUUUGUGUUGGUUUCUCCUUCCUCCGGGCUUCUUCGGUGCUUCCCCUUUGCUUACUCACCGAGUCGGUAGACCACUGUUGGACUCCGCCGUUGUUUCUGCCCUCGGGAUUUGAUUCCUUUCCCCGCAGCUUCAGCUCCCUGCGAUCGGAUCCGAGGCCGACUCCCGGAAGCCGAGGAUGGGUAUGAUCCAGGCGGGAUUUGAUAUAAAUAAGUUAAGUGAAGAAGCCCAGUCCCGGUGGUUGAAGCCUGUAGAAGUUUUAUAUAUUCUGCAGAAACAUGAAAGUUUUAAGAUCACCCAGAAGCCUCCUCAGAAGCCACCUAGUGGUUCUUUGUUCCUUUUCAACCGUAGAGUGCUUCGUUAUUUUCGUAAUGAUGGAUACUCAUGGCAGAAAAAGAAAAAUGGUAAAACUGCUCGUGAAGGCCAUGAGCGUCUUAAGGUUGGGAACUCUGAAGCAAUAAAUUGCUAUUAUGCCCGUGGAGAGAAAAAUUCUUGUAUUCAGAGGAGGAGCUACUGGAUGCUGGAUCCGGCCUAUGAGCACAUAGCUCUUGUACAUUACAGAGAAAUUAUUGAGGGAAGAAAUGUGCCUGAAUCAACCUCAAGCAUCUCAAAUGAAUCUUCUUUGACAUUGAGAUAUGGUACCAGUGUCAGUAAUGAUCAAGCACAAUGUUUUCCUUCUCACACUAGUGAAUUUAAUGAACCUUGUCAGAAUUCGUGCAGUCCAGGAUCAGUGGAAGAAGUUAAUUCUAUAUUUGAUAGAGGAAGUAAUGGAACAACCCUGUUAAAUGGAAUGGAAAGAUCAGAAUCUUGUCACGAGUUACGGCUGCCAGAGAUCAAUAUAGCACUGAGAAAUAUUGAAGAGCAGUUAAGUUUAGAUACUGAUGAUGAGGAUAGUUUUGUUUGCUCCAAAACGGAACUACUUCGAUGCAGCAAUCAAAACGUGGAAACACAUGGUUUACAGAUUCUGAAUCAUGAAACAAGAAACCCCCAAGAGGAAACACAUCGAAAUUCAUUUGAUGAAUUUAAACAAAUGUCAAAUGGUCAUAUCGAAGAUAGCAUGCAUAAUCUGUUGAAUAAUUCAGAUAAUCUUAGAUGGCUUCAUGGAUCUCCGUUUCAGCAAAGCUAUUCUUCUGAAGCAGAUUAUUAUGUAGCUAACCACAGUUGUAUGAAGCUAGGGACGGAUGAAGCUCCCAUUUCAGCUGAAAAUAGUGCAUUUGCCUCCUACCAUUCAGAUAUAUGGUAUGAGCAGAGUCAAUUUGAAGUGCCUUUUGGAACAGAACCGAGUUUGACUGUGCCACAAGGACAUCUGUUUACUAUACGUGAAGUCUCUCCUGAAUGGGCAUUUUCUUCUGAGAAUACAAAGGUUUUAAUCACAGGAAACUUUCUUUGCAGUCCUUCAGAGUGUGCAUGGGCUGUAUUAUUUGGAGAUAUUGAAGUUCCACUUGAAAUUGUUCAGGAUGGUGUUUUACGUUGCCGGUCUCCACAGCAUAUGGCAGGAAAGGUCAAACUGUGCAUUACAUCUGGCAAUGGGAAACCCUGCAGUGAAGUACAUGAAUUUGUAUUUCAGGAAAAGCAAGAAAGAACAAGCUCCAGUAGAGCCUUAUCUCCAGCGGAUGCAAUAAAAAGCUCCAAUGAACUCUUGUUGCUUGUCAAUUUAGUGCAGAUACUUUUCUCUGGACAUAGUACUGUAGUUUCUCAACUGGAGCGUGAACAAGAAGUCAAUCCUUCAUGGGAGAAGAAAAGACUGAAAAAUCAGUUGGAGUUGAUCAUUGAAUCAAUCCUAGUUGAGUCAGAGCCUCCAGAAGUGAUAAUAAAUUUAGUUCUGCAAGAACUAUUAAAGAAUAAAUUGCAGCAUUGGUUAACAUCCAAACAUGAGGGCAAUCCUGAUGAGGGUUCUGUGUUGUCCAAGCAUGAGCAAUGCAUCAUACACGUGAUCUCUGGCUUGGGAUAUCGGUGGGCCUUACACCCAAUUCUUAACUCUGGCACGUGCAUAAACUACCGUGAUUCAAAUGGAUGGACUGCACUUCACUGGGCUGCUAGAUUUGGAAGGGAAGAAAUGGUUGCUGCACUGCUUGCUGCUGGUGCUUCAGCUGGAGCAGUCACAAAUCCAACCUCAGAAGAUCCAGCUGGCAAAACACCAGCUUCUCUAGCUGUUGAUAAUGGUCACAAAGGUCUUGCUGGAUAUCUUUCAGAAGCUGCACUAACUACUCAUCUUUUUUCUCUUACAACUGAGAAAACAAAGAUUUUGGAAGGGUCUGCUUCUAUGGAAGCUGAUAGAGGUGUGGACAACAUAUAUGAGAGAAGGGCCCACUUGCAAGGUGGGACGGAGGAUCAGCUUUCACUAAAAGAUUCAUUAGCAGCUGUCAGAAAUGCCACUCAAGCUGCAGCCCGUAUACAAGCAGCCUUCCGUGCCUAUUCUUUCAGGAAGAAUAUACAAAAAACUGAUAUACUUCAAGGCAUAUAUGAUAUAUUUCCUACAGAAGUCCAUGGACUUUCAGUUGCAUCCAGGUCGCAUAAAACUCUUUUUGGUUAUCAUGAUCAAAAGUUUGAUAAAGCAGCUGUAUCAAUUCAAAAGAACUAUCGACGUUGGAGAAGACGCAAAGAGUUCAUAAAACUGCGUGUUAAUGUUGUGAAGAUACAGACUCAUGUAAGAGCUCAUCUAGCAAAGAAAAAGGAGAAAGAAUUUCUUUGGAGUGUUGGUAUACUAGAAAAGAUCAUGCUAAGGUGGUAUAGAAAAGGAGUUGGCUUACGAGGGUUCCGAGCUGAACUGGAACCUAUUGAUGUGGAGGAAGAAGAUGAUGUAAUCAAGGUUUUCCGCAAACAAAGAGUCAAUAAAGCUCUGGAUGAAGCUCUAUCAAGGGUCAUAUCUGUGGUAGAGAAUCCUGAAGCACGGUUGCAGUACCGCCGGAUGCUCGAAACCUACCAACAAGCUAAGGCUGAGCUAAGUCAGUGUGGAUAAUGUAACCACAGAUAACUUUGAGCGUGGAAAUACCAUUACAACAUAUUUCACUUACCCGAGAAGAUCGACUGAAGUUGAUCAAACAUGUAGAUAUCAGUGUAUGUAAUAAAAAUGGCAUCUUUGUUCCCCAGCAAGGCAGUAAGCUCUUCAUUUUGUUAGUGCAAAUGCAUUCUAGUGGUUGUGAUGUGUAUAACUGUUUACAUCAACAUAUGUUUGCUAGUUAGAUUAAUCUUUGUAUUAACGAUGUGUAUAUUUAUGUUCUCUCAAUUUGUAUAACCAUUCUACAAAAAUGGAUUGUAGAAUAUUAUAACACUUUUUAGUGAUAUAGAAUAUUAUCAUGUGAAUUUGUCUC